GGUAGCGUUGCUUUCUUCAUUUCUUCACCUGAUAUUCCCGUGCGUACUAAUGAGAUGACCUCUCGAGCUACUUAAACAAGUAGAGACACUUCUUCAUUUGCAGCCAAUUUGAUUGCUUGCAAAAUUGUGCCAAAUUUUCAGUACUAGAUAAGAUAGGAUCAGAGUUCGACCAGCUGGGAUGCGUUGGCUUCUCCUUGCCCUGUUCUUGGUUGCUCUGGUGAGCAACGGCGCCGCCGUCCAUGGCGCCUUCAACAGGUUCAGCUUCCCGGAGGACUUCAUCUUCGGCACCGGCUCCGCGGCUUAUCAGUACGAAGGCGCUGUGAACGAAGGCGGCAGAGGGCCGAGCAUCUGGGACACGUACGCUCACAUUCCAGGCAAAGUUGAAGAUGGUAGCAACGGGGAUGUAGCAGUGGACUUUUACCAUCGCUACAAGGAGGAUCUGAACUUCGUGACCGACAUGAACAUGGACGCCUUCCGUUUCUCCAUUGCUUGGAGCAGGAUCCUGCCAAAUGGAACCAUCAGUGGAGGAAUCAACAAAGAGGGGAUUGCUUUCUACAACAGCCUGAUUAACGAGGUCAUAUCUAGAGGGUUGAAGCCAUUUGUCACCAUCUUCCAUUUCGACACCCCACAGGCUCUGGAGGACAAAUACCGGAGCUUCCUCAGUGAAAACAUUGUGAAGGAUUUCGUGGACUAUGCGGACGUGUGCUUCCGUGAGUUCGGCGACCGGGUGAAGUCAUGGAACACGUUCAACGAGCCGAUGAUCUUCUGCGCCGGCGGCUACGGCUCCGGCACCAAGGCCCCCGGCCGCUGCUCGCCGUACGUCUCCAAGAAAUGCGCCCCCGGCGACUCCGGCAACGAGCCGUACGUCGCCGGCCACAACCUGCUGCUCGCCCACGCCGAGGCCGUCCGCCUCUACCGCCAAAAGUACCAGGCGACGCAGAAGGGGCAGAUCGGCAUCACGCAGGUGUCGCACUGGUUCGUGCCCUACAGCGACGCCGCCGCCGACAAGCACGCCGUCAGGCGCAGCCUCGACUUCAUGUACGGAUGGUUCAUGGACCCGAUCGUGUUCGGCGACUACCCGGGCACCAUGAGGAAGUUGGUCGGUGACCGGCUGCCCAAAUUCACAGCCGAGCAGUCGGAGUUGGUGAAGGGAUCCUACGACUUCAUCGGCCUCAACUACUACACCACCAACUACGCUAAGAGCGUUCUACGACGCCCGAGCAAGCUCAAACCCGCCUACGCUACUGACAACUGGGUAAAUCAAACAGCUUACCGCAACGGCGUCCCGAUCGGUCCGCCGGCUUUUACCAAGAUCUUCUUCACCUACGCGCCGGGUCUGCGUGAGCUGCUUCUGUAUACCAAGAGGAAGUACAAUGACCCUGACAUCUACAUUGCAGAGAACGGCACCGACGAGGCGAACAACAGCACGAUCCCUAUCGCCGAGGCGCUCAAGGAUGACAACCGAAUAUCCUUCCACUACCAGCAUCUCCGCUUCACUCAGCUCGCAAUCAAGGAAGGGGUGAAGGUGAAAGGCUACUUCACGUGGACGUUCAUGGACGACUUCGAGUGGGGCGACGGCUACACCGGCCGCUUCGGCCUCAUCUACGUCGACCGCGAAACUCUCAAGAGGUAUCGCAAGAAGUCCAGCUACUGGUUCGCUGACUUCCUCAAGCGAUGAUGAAAAAGAAGAAGAAAUCAACUAGCUCACUUCACUAGCCUGAUCUCCUGAAUAAAAUGAUCUCCUGAAUAAAAAAGUUCCUGAAUAAUCUUUUGGCCUCAAUGAUUCGACUGGCUGCAUGUGGCCAUUGUACUUGUUAGCUCUGAGAAAUAAAAGUGCAGUCUUGACUCUCGACGAAUAUAAGCAAUUUAACUUGUGUACUACUACUGCUGACAAAUACUGGGGAAUAUAAGCAGUAAUUCAGAGUUUCAGAGACAUGAAUGAUCAAUUGUAAGCAGUAUUUCAGCAGUAGUUUAGAGACAUGUAAUUCAGAGUUUGCUUGUACACAAACUCAGUAAUUCAGAGUUUCAGAGACAUGAAUGAUCAAUUGUAAGGAGAAAUGGGGCUUUUGUCGUCUCAGACACAAGAAUAAGCCCUUGUUUAGUUCCCAA